UGAAUUGGGCCUGAGCCUAUCCUUUUUAAUCGACUGAUCUCUCUUCGUCUUCCACGCUGUAGAACCCCCCUAACGACUCGACUAGGGUUUAAGGGGAACUCGGCGCGAGUGGGAGAGAGAGAUAGAGGCUAAUGGAGGAAUCAACAUCAAAGGAGAAGAGUGUGCCAGUUCUGCCAUGGAUGAGGAGCCCAGUUGACAUUAGUCAAUUUGAAGAUUGCCCUUUUGAUCUCAUCCCUUGCCUUGAUCCCAGGUUGAAGGUGGCCUUGCAGAAUUUGGGUUUCUCAUCGCUCUUGCCAGUGCAAAUUGCAGUUUGGCAAGAAACAAUUGGUCCUGGCGCUUUUGAGCGGGACCUUUGCAUAAAUUCUCCAACAGGAAGUGGCAAAACUUUGGCUUAUGCUUUGCCAAUAGUGCAAAGGCUGUCAACUCGUGCAGUCAAAUGUCUACGUGCUUUGAUUGUUUUGCCCACACGUGAUUUAGCAGUGCAGGUUAAAGAAGUUUUUGCAGCAAUUGCACCUGCAGUGGGUUUAUCCGUUGGUUUGGCCGUAGGCCAAUCUUCAGUUUCUCGUGAAAUUUCAGAGCUUAUUAAGAGACCUAGGUUUGAGGCUGGCAUUUGUUAUGACCCGGAAGAUCUUAUGCAAGGGUUUGAGAGUUCAGUGGAUAUAUUGGUGGCAACUCCUGGACGGCUUAUGGAUCAUAUCACCACGACCAAGGGAUUUACACUUGAGCAUCUCUGUUAUCUUGUGGUUGAUGAAACAGAUCGCAUGCUUAGGGAGGAAUACCAAUCAUGGCUUCCUACUGUGCUCGAAAUGACUCAUCCUAAUAGUGAAAGUAUCAUGCCUCAAGUUAAUAGUUUUUUUCCUUCUGUUUUUGGUCGUUUAAAAACCAUAAGGAGAUGUGGUGUUGAAAGAGGGUUCAAGGGAAAGUGCUACCCUAGACUUGUGAAAAUGGUUUUGUCAGCCACAUUAACCCGAGAUCCAAGCAAGCUUGCUCAACUUGAUCUUCAUCACCCAUUGUUCUUGACAAGUGGGGAAAGUCGCUAUCAGCUCCCUGAAAAGUUGGAGUCCUACAGAGUGAUUUGUGAGUCCAAGAUGAAGCCUCUAUUUCUGGUUGCUCUUCUACAAAAUUUAGGAGGGGAAAAGUGCAUUGUUUUCACAUCAUCGGUGGAGUCAACACAUCGGCUUUGCACCUUACUGAACUUUUUUGGUGAUUUGGGAGUCAAGAUCAAGGAAUAUUCAGGUCUUCAACGUCAAUCUGUAAGAAGCAAGACAUUGAAGGCCUUCCGUGAAGGUGAGAUACAAGUACUUGUUUCCUCUGAUGCAAUGACUCGUGGAAUGGAUGUUGAAGGGGUGAGAAAUGUGAUUAACUAUGAUAAGCCCCCAUACAUAAAGACAUAUAUUCAUCGAGCUGGUCGGACAGCAAGAGCAGGUCAGGCUGGGCGUUGUUUCACAUUGUUGCAUAGAGAUGAGCUAAUCCAGAAGAGAAUCUCAAGCUUGCAUGUGUUGAGGCUGCUUAUGGCAUGGUACUUUUAAGUCAUUUAAAGUCAAUGCCACUGUUAUAAAGGUUUGACUCUAUGCAUAAAGCUGGUUUUAAACUAAGAUCCUAUCUCAAGGACAAGGUUUCACAAUCUAAUAUGUGCAAUUUUCAAGCAUCACUCUGUCACAUACUGGGUGAGCUGGAUUCAGACAAAGUAACAGCCAAAUACAUGUUUGACUGAAAACCGAACUCUGUAAUUUGAAUGGGACCUUGCCACCCGAGUUGGAAUGAAUCCACAUCAGUAAAACUUGACACGGGAUUUGCUCAACCCAAAUCUGUUGUCAGACUGCACAGAUUUUCACAGGGACUUACAAGUGCUCGAUCAUCAAUUGGCAGCUGGAAGGCUUUUAUUCCUUUAUUAGAUGCCAGUAGAUCAUAGAUAAAUGGGCUUGGCUACCUAGCUUGGCUCCUGUACAAUUUUCUUAAUUUGUUCUAUUUCUGAUUGUUUCAAACAGAAGUGUACAGCAGAAGAAAGAUUGAACAAGUAACUUUUAAUAUUGAAUCCUUAUAUUGUCAUUUCUUUGUCAUUUCAUUUAUAACAUAUGAUGUCAACAAUUUUACUUGUUACAGAUAAAGCGUUUCAAGAAAUUGUUACAGAAGGUCGACAAUAAUUCUUGUCCUGUUUACACCGUCCCUUCCAGUUCUGUUGAGUCUCUUCACUCUAUUUAUGUGUCUGCGUUAGAGAAACUGAAAGAGACAGUUGAAUCAGAAACAUCCAGGAAGCACAAAAUUCGUUUUAAAUCUUCAAGGACAGGCAGAGGAAAGGACAAAAGUUCCACCAAGGAAUAGCUUUGUCAAUCAAGCAGCC